ACCAAAGUCAACUUCAAUCAAAACAAUACAUGUUUGUUGUGAAAUUUUCUAGAAAAGCAGCAAAAUAAAGAAGCUUAACCAUGGGCCGGGCCGAGGUCGGUACUCCCAAGUACCUUGCCAACAAAAUGAAGUCGAAGGGUCUGCAGAAGCUGCGUUGGUACUGCCAGAUGUGCGAGAAGCAGUGUCGCGACGAGAACGGCUUCAAGUGCCACACGAUGAGCGAGUCCCAUCAGCGGCAACUGCUCCUCUUCGCGGACUCUCCCGGCAAGUUUCUGCAUAGCUUCAGCAAAGAGUUCUCUGAUGGAUACAUGGAGUUGCUACGCCGACGAUUCGGCACCAAGCGGACCAACGCCAACAAGAUCUACCAGGAGUACAUCGCACACAAGGAGCACAUUCACAUGAACGCCACGCGGUGGCUAACGCUCUCGGACUAUGUCAAAUGGCUGGGACGGACAGGGCAGGUGGUGGCCGACGAGACGGAGAAAGGUUGGUUCGUCACCUACAUCGAUCGCAGUCCGGAGGCAAUGGAGCGCCAGGCCAAGGCCGAUGGCAAGGAGAAGAUGGAAAAGGACGAUGAGGAACGCAUGGCCGACUUCAUUGAGAGGCAAAUCAAAAAGGCAAAAGCCAAGGAGGGCGAGGAUGAGGACGAAAAAGAUAAGUUCACCGAACUUAAACGGGAGGAGAACGAACCUUUGAAGCUGGACAUCCGGCUGGAGAAGAAGUUCCAGCCGGACACCGUGCUGGGCAAAUCUGCUCUUACCACCAAACGACCCGCCUCUGAUAUUGAUGAAAAGGUUUUUAAGAAACCCAAAUCGAUAGCGGGAGACAGUCAAACGCGGUCGGCGUUGGACGAUAUCAUUAAGCAGGAGGAGGCGAAAAAGGAGCGUGCCAACCGCAAGGACUACUGGCUGCACAAGAACAUCGUGGUGAAGUUCAUCUCCAAAUCUAUGGGUGAUAAGUUUUUCAAGCAGAAAGCUGUUGUCCAGGAAGUUAUUGACAAAUAUCAGGCCAAAGUAAAGUUUUUGGAGACUGGGGAAAAGGUGAAAGUAGAUCAGGCACACUUGGAAACUGUAAUUCCGGCUCUUGACAAACCUGUUGUGGUUGUCAAUGGUGCAUAUCGCGGGUCCGAGGCUCUGCUGAGGAAACUGGAUGAGCGCAAGUUUUCAGUCAGCAUUGAGAUAUUACAUGGUCCCCUGAAAGGACGAAUUGUAGACAACGUUCAGUACGAAGAUAUAUCGAAGAUGGCAGGCGUUUAGACUUAAAAUGGGUUUAUCCCAUUUUUGUAGGCCAUACGAGGUAUUUCUUCUGAUGACAAGGUAGGCACUUACCACCCUUUUUUUAGAAUUUAAAAUAAUAAAUAAGAUUAAUAAAAUUGUUUUAUAAAUAUGUAAGUAAUGUUGUAAGAACGUCUACGUAACAGGAAAUGAACGUUUUUAAUUCGCUCUUUUGAGCGUGGUUUUAUAACCUAAACUAAUUAAAAACCCAUUUAACCUUUUCACAUAAAGUUAGAAAGCAAACUAAACUUAAAGCUGGCCCCUUCUCAGUUCGUUAAACUUGGCCCACAUUUUUUGCAUUUAGGCUGAUUAAACACUACAUUCUUAAUGAUCAACUGAAACACUGCCAUUUACUUAGUAUGGAUACCCCCAAGUGGGUAAGCAAACAAUGGAUUUGGGGUUAAGCUUGAAAAUAAUAAGGCCACAGUAUACAAAGCCCUCGAUUAACUAGUGAAAAUUCGAAAACCAGCAAAAGAUUAAACCA